AUGGCAACCACUCUUCCUAAGCCUCCGAGGCUAUCCAACGGCCCGCCCAACAUGAACGUCCCAGCCUUGCCCAUGAGCAAGACGCGCAAGAGCACCGGAAACAUCUCCUCCUCAAGCUCUAUCAGAUCCGCCCCCGGCACGCCUCGAGGCCUGUCCGGCCUGAGGGCGCCUUCCGCUUCGAAUCUCCCUCCUCCAAGUCCCUCGCCUCUCUCGGGCCUUGCCGCACCCCCCAAGAGCAGCGCCGCCUCGGGCUCUGCCGCGGCGCCACACAAGACUGUCAGGAAGACAGUCAGCAUCAACUCAUUCCCUCAACCCCCGAGGGGGGACACCAGAGGCUCCGGCAGCCUGCCCGGCAGCCCCAUGACUGCCGAGAGGCCCCGCACUGCCCGCAAGUCAAAGUCCUCCAGGGAAUCCAUAUACAGCAACUACAAUAGCGGCACGCCGAGCUUCCUUAAUGGAAGUGGCGAGGGCAAGUCCAUCACCAGCGUCCGCAUGUCGGAUGGCCUGGUGAGCGCCGGCUCCGAGACCCAGAGCCGCAGCUCCUCGGCCCAGGACUCCUACUCGACAUCCGCCACAACCUUUGACGAUCCCGCCGACGGCUCUACCCCAAAACCCGACACGUCCAUCAGUGACAAGCGCGCCUCCAAGGCCGACGGAAAGGGCAAUGUCGUAGUCAGCGUGCGCGUGCGCCCCACGGCGAACGGUGCCAACGGCAACCCCGAGGGCGAAUGGAUGGUGGAUGGACGCCGGUCCCUCAUCUCGUACAAGGGGAAGGAGGGAGGAAACCACUUCUACGACAACGUCUUUACCACCCAUGACAACAAUUCGCGAGUAUACGACCACAUCGCGAAGCGCCUUGUCCGCAGAGUCAUGGAGGGCUACCAUGGUACCGUCUUCGCCUACGGCAUGACCGGUACGGGUAAGACGUUCUCCAUGCAGGGCACAGCGUCAUCGCCCGGUGUUAUCCCGCUCGCCAUUACCGACAUCUUCUCAUAUAUCAGGGAGACGCCCUCCCGCGAGUUUCUUCUUCGCGUCAGCUACCUGGAGAUCUACAACGAGAAGAUCCACGAUCUCCUGAGCAUGCCUACUGGCAACGGCGUGGGAGCAGGAUCCCAGCAGGAGGAGAUCAAGCUGCGCGAGGACAGCAAGAGGGGCGUAUACGCCACGCCACUCAAGGAGGAGAUCGUACAGAGUCCGACGCAGCUUCUGCGUGUGAUCGCGCGCGGUGACCAAGCCCGACGAACCGCCAGUACGCAGUUCAACGCGCGAAGCUCCCGAAGUCAUGCCGUCGUUCAGAUCGUCGUCGAGAGCCGAGACCGUACACCCCCGGCUCCCGGUGGCGCCGAGGGCGGCGGCAGCGGUGGCAGCAAGCGCUCAGCCAUCCUCCCGGGCGGCGUCCGCGUGUCGACGCUGAGCUUGAUUGAUCUUGCCGGAUCCGAGAAGGCUGCCGAAUCCAAGGAGCGCAGACAGGAGGGUGCUCACAUCAACAAGAGUCUGCUGACUCUGGGGACCGUCAUCGCCAGGCUGUCCGAGAGCAAGGACAAGGAGGCGAAAGGCGCCGAGAAGGACACGAAGCACCUGCCCUACCGUGACAGCAAACUUACUCGACUCCUCCAGAGUGCUCUGGCCGGUAACUCGCUCGUCAGCAUCCUCUGCACCAUCCAGGUUGGCUCCCAGGGAACGACAGCCACGGUCAACAGCCACACGACAGAGACGCUCAGCACGCUCAAGUUUGCGUCGAGAGCCAAGAACAGCAUCGUCAGCCAUGCCAAGAAGGCCGAGGAGUCUCUCGGCGCCGGCGGCGAGGGCGGCGCGCGUGUUCUGCUGGAGCGCUACCGCCUAGAGAUUUCGGACCUCCGGAAGCAACUUGAGGCGCAAGCCAAGAAGAAGAAGGACCAAAAGGAAGAGGACGAUGACGACGAGAAGGAGGACGAAAAGCACCUCGAGCACGAGGCGUCGGAGCGACACGAAGAACAGCUUCUCGAAAUGCAGCUGGCCAGGACAGCCCUCAAGGAGCGAAUCGACCACCUCAACCGGCUCAUCCUGAGCUCCAAAUCCAUAGGUGUCAACUCGAACGGGUCCCUGAGCUCGCUGGGCCAGAACCCGAGGUUCUCGCAGGUGUCGCUGCCGGGUUCGGUCCGAUCAUCGAUGGCCUUGUCGACGACGAGCAAGCCGCUGCUGGAGAGGACGGCGUCGAUGACGUCGGCAUCGUCUACGAUCGGGCGGCGGUCGAGCGGCGGCGUCGGGGCACGGGCCAGCCUGCACGGUCCGGAGGCGGACAACCUGCUGGACCACGAGGACGACAGCGUUGGCGAGUUUGGAGACGGCACAGCAUCGAUGGCGGCGCAGAAUCGGGCGCUCCAGGCGGACCUGGCAGACAGGAACCGAUACAUUGCGACGCUGGAGAAGCGACUGCUGCAGGCCAGGCGAGCUAGCUCCUCGCGGACGUCGGGCGUCGGCGGCUCCAGCAAGGGCAUCAUGGUGGGCGAGGACCACAGCGUCUCGGCGGCUCUCAGAGAGAAGGAUGCCGAGAUCGCGGACCUCCGCGCGCGGCUGGACGACAAGGACAGGAUGCUGACGGCGCUCCGGAGCGCCGCACGGUCCCGCGAGACGGCCGAGAGCCGGACGGAGAUGCGCUCCCCCAUAUCGCCCCAGUCGCCGAGGCCGAUGGUGCUCCGGUCAGCGCGGGAGACGCCGAUCCAGGGGUCCCGUCGAAUAGUGACGUCGCCGACUAGGAGCGAAGCCGGGACCGGCAAGCACAGGAAGAGCGCGGACUCGGUGAGCGUGAUGCUGGAUGAGAUGAUCCAGGAUCGCGUCAGCGGCGGGUACAUGGCCAGGGGGUCGCGGACAAGCAUCCGUUUCCCGAUUGCGGUCUCGAUCAACGGCAGCAACAGCAACCACAGCAAAUCGGACAGCAACAGCAAUCACAACAACAUGGCUGAACCGGCGCAAGCCGUCGAGCCGCUGCGCAAGACGCCGACGCCCAAGGAUGACGGGAACAAGACUCCUGUUCCUCAGGAGACGGCGUGA